AUGAGAAAGGAAUAUACAUGGUUUAUGGAGUUGAAAAAUGCUGCCACUGGACUUGGAUGGGAUGAUGCAAAGCAAACUGUUGACUGCUCUAAAGAAUGGUGGGAUGAACACCUUGCUAGAUGCAACAAUACUGAGAAGGGUAUCAAGUGCAAUCAUAUGAGGUUCCAAAAACAUGGACCAAAGCACCUUGAUGAUUUGCAUAUUAUGUUCAAGAUUCAUGUUAGUGGGACUACUGCAAUUUGUCCUGGGGACAUAUCAUUGGGUGAAUCAAGUAAUGAUGAUGAUGUGACUGAAGUGCCAAAAACUUCAGAUGCUGAGGAUAUCAAGUUAGCUGCAUUCAAAAGGGCAAAACCAAGAAAGAAGAAACGCAAGUACUCCUCAAGUGCUACUGAAGAGAAGGAUGAGAAUAGCCCAUUCUUUCGAUUGUUCAGAAAUACAUGUCUGAAGAUCCAAUCUGCAGCAGAGAAGAUCACCACAAGUUUUGAAGCAUCAUCGGCUCCUCCAACCAAUCUGGUCCCUAGCAUUGCAGAGGCCAUGAAGAUGGUGAAAGGUUGUGGUGUGCAAGAAAAAACUGCUUUGAUGCACACAUCCAUGUCCUUGAUUGUGAAGCCUGAAUUUAGGGAGGUGUUUAGCUUGCUUGAAACUAAUGAAGGGAGGUUCGAUUUGCUUGAGAGGGAGCAUGAGAAGGAGAUUUUGGUCCCUAGCAUUGCAGAGGCCAUGAAGAUGGUGAAAGGUUGUGGUGUGCAAGAAAAACUGCUUUGA